AUGGCGGAGGAACCGUCUGCCAAGCGUCAUCAUGCCGAGACGUCGGACAAGAGCAGCAACCUCGUCGACAUUCACGUCCUUGGCGAGAAGCGCGAGUACACAACAACCCUCACAGGGGUUGAGCUCCACGGCAACGAGACGCUGGAGAUCGUCUGGACCAGCGUACCAGAAAAGGCCGACGAGGUGAUCUCCAGGCUCUGGAGGAAGCUUGGUGGAAAGAGUCCGAAUUGUAGGAUCGUCGACGUUGGUGUGCACUACACCAACGAAGAUGAACCUCCCUAG